AUGCUGCGCAAUCCAGAUCCCACAGCCAGUACCCUGCAUCUGGUCGCCUCUGACAUGACCGAUAUCAUGGAAAAGCUAGACACGCGAGAACUCGACAUCGGAGACGGCGAGGAGGAGCUCGACGGCUAUGAUGCCAACAAUCCGAACUUGCGUAUCCCCUUCUCUGCUGUGUAUGAAACAAAAGGCUUCAAAGAGUCAGACGCAAGAGUCUUCAUCUCUAGGGUGGUUCCAAUCACUGCUAAAAUUAUGGAUGUGGAGCGUUUCACAUCCGCCCAGGACCGCUUCAACAUCACCACGCAGAGGAGUGUCUCAAAGGUGCUUCCUGCUGUCUUUAAAAUAGAGAUGAAACAUGGGAAUUUCACUUGGGUGGUGAAGAAAAAAGAAAAACACUUCAUGGAGCUCCACAGAGAGCUCCGCACAUACAAGACCUUUAUGAGAAUCCCCCUGCCCACCCGCAGUCACACAGUGCGAAGGCAAACUAUGAGCGGAAACCUAGAACGCCAGAUGCCUUCUCUACCUCGUGGAGGUGGAGACGAACUGGCCAGAGAGGAGCAAGUGUCCAGUAGAAGAAGACAACUGGAAGAUUACUUGAAUAAGCUGCUGAAAAUGCCAAUGUACAGGAACUAUCAUACCACAAUGGAGUUCAUCGAUGUGAGUCAGAUGUCAUUCAUCCAUGAUUUGGGACCAAAAGGCCUGGAAGGCAUGAUUCACAAAAGGUCAGGGGGUCACCGCAUUCCUGGGUUAAACUGCUGUGGACGCAGCAAAAUGUGCUACCGAUGGUCUAAACGGUGGCUUGUGGUUAAGGACUCCUUCCUGCUUUACAUGAAGCCAGAUUCAGGGGUUAUUUCCUUCGUUCUCCUGGUAGACAAAGAGUUCUGCAUCAAAAUGGACUCCAAAGACACAGAGACCAAACACGGCGUCCGCAUUGACAGCCUGUGCAGGACGCUGGUGCUGAAGUGUUCCAGUUACCGUCACGCUCGUUGGUGGGGCCAGGCCAUCGACGAGUUUGUGAGGAAGUAUGGCAGCAACUUCCUGAAAGACCACCGAUUUGGUUCCUUUGCUCGUGAAGAGGAGAACAUUCCUGCCAAAUGGUAUGUGAAUGGAAAAACAUACAUGGAGGAUGUCGCAGACGCUCUGGAGAGCGCCAAAGAAGAGAUCUUCAUUACAGACUGGUGGCUUAGUCCUGAAAUCUUCCUCAAGAGACCAGUGGUGGAGGGCAACCGCUGGCGACUUGACUGCAUUCUUAAACGCAAGGCGGAGGAGAAUGUGCGAAUUUUUGUGAUGUUGUACAAGGAAGUGGAGCUUGCCCUUGGGAUUAACAGUGAAUACAGCAAAAGGACACUACACCAGCUUAGUCCCAACAUCAAGGUGAUGAGACACCCUGACCACGUGUCCUCCUCGGUCUACCUUUGGGCGCAUCAUGAGAAGAUUGUGGUUAUCGACCAAUCAGUGGCCUUUGUCGGUGGGAUCGACUUGGCAUAUGGACGCUGGGAUGAUCGAGAGCAUCGGUUGACUGAUAUAGGCAGUGUUACUCGUGCUAUGAACUCAAAUCUAGAAACUCAAGCAGAGGCCACUCCCAGUAUGGCUGCCCCGUCCGGUGGCGCUGGGGCCGUCCGUAGCAAUGGUACUUCCGUGGGCACCGAUUCUGUGGAUCAGCCCAAACUGAAGGGGCAGGGACGCAACAAGAGACAUCGCUUCAGCUUCAAAAAACUGAAACUCAACUUGAGCCAUUCUGACAGCGUUAGCAGUGCGGAUAGCACAGAGGAGACUGCAGAGAAUGCGCAGAGUGUGCAGGCUGAUGUGGUGGGACUGCUGGGAAACACACGUUUCUGGCACGGCAAAGACUACUGCAACUUUGUCCACAAGGACUGGAUCCAGCUGGAUAAGCCAUUUGAUGAUUUUAUCGACAGGCAUCUAACUCCCAGAAUGCCUUGGCACGACAUAGCCUCAGUGGUUCAUGGGAAGGCAGCCAGGGAUGUUGCCCGGCACUUUAUCCAGCGCUGGAACUUUACCAAGAUGGUAAAGCCAAAGUACAGGGCUCUCUCCUACCCAUACCUCCUUCCUAAAUCCCACACCACUGCACAUGAGCUCACAUACCAGGUUCCAGGCUGCAUCCAAACCAAAGUGCAGGUGUUGCGGUCUGCCUCUGAUUGGUCAGCCGGCAUUAAGUACCACGAGGAGUCCAUCCACAAUGCCUACGUGCAUGUCAUUGAAAACAGUAAACACUACAUCUACAUAGAGAACCAGUUCUUCAUAAGCUGCGCCGAUAACAAGGUUGUUCACAACAAGAUUGGAGAUGCAAUUGCUGCCAGAAUCAUCAAGGCUUACAAGGAGAACAGAAAGUAUCGAGUCUACAUUGUUACUCCUCUUCUGCCUGGGUUUGAAGGGGAUAUAAACACAGGAGGAGGCAGUGCCAUACAGGCAGUCAUGCACUUCAACUACAGAACCAUGAUCAGAGGGGACUGUUCCAUUAUUUCUCAGCUCAGGAGAGAGAUGGGAGACCACUGGAUGAAUUACAUCUCUUUUGCGGGCCUGCGGACCCAUGCUGAGUUGGAGGGAAGGCUGGUGACUGAGCUCAUUUAUGUCCACAGCAAGAUGCUUAUCGCUGAUGAUAACACAGUCAUCAUUGGAUCUGCUAAUAUCAAUGACCGCAGUAUGCUGGGAAAGAGAGACAGUGAGGUGGCAGUCAUCUAUGAGGAUUCACAGACUGUGAAAUCAGUCAUGGAUGGACAGGAGUAUGAGGCGGGACCCUUUGGGCUCCAGCUCCGUCUUGAGUGCUUCAGAAUGAUCCUGGGUGCAAACACGGAUCCUAGCAUUGACGUGACUGACCCGAUCAGCGACCACUUUUACAAGGAGGUGUGGAUGGCUACGGCCGCUCGUAACGCCAGCAUCUACCAGAAGGUCUUCCGUUGUUUACCAUCCAGCGAUGUGAGGUCCAUCCCAGAACUUGAGGGCUACUUAGCAAAGGCUGGGCUUGAUAAAGAGGACCCGGCCCGGGCUCAGGAGGAGCUGAAGAAGAUCCGAGGAUUCCUGGUCCAGUUCCCGCUACAUUUCCUUAGCGAGCACAACCUUCUCCCACCCAUUGGUUCGAAGGAGGCCAUGGUACCCAUGGAUGUCUGGACCUGA